AUGCCGAAGCAAAGGAGGGGGCCAAGUAAGGCUCCUCAGGUUUCUAAGAAAUUUCUCCGUGUUCUCACCAUCUCCUCUGCCGAGAGGGGUGACUCCGCUUCUGUUUCCGUUUUCGUCGGAAGCUCCUCCGAUGGUAAUUCGACCUCUGCUGGAACCAAUUCCACAACUGUUAGUCUCUCUUCGCCUCUCGGCGUCGCUAGUAAACCAGAUCUGCUGAACUCCUCUGCCUCAGGAGUAGGACCAAAGUCAGAUCUAGCUUUUUCUCAGGUCGAUCUUCCGCAAGGAAUACUCGCGCCUGUGAUUCUUCUCGUCGCCGCUGAAGAAAUUUCACCAGGCACAGAAUCUCAAUCAGAACAAGUUGCCAUUACGACAACUUCAGACUGUUUUGCUUCUCCUUCAGUGGGUGUAACUCAGCCGGUAAGGAAGUGGUCAAGCUUGGUUCAAGACUCUGCCCAGCUUCAGGAAUUGGGAUCUCCAACUCAACACAUUUCUGGAGCCCCCUUUGUUCUAAUCCCUGAUGAGAACAUAUCGGCAGCUAAGCAAGAGUUUAAGGAUUUUAUUUUUGCUCGCUUUCACGGAGAUUCUCCUGAAAUGGGAAGAAUAAUUGGAGUGAUAAAUGCAAUUUGGGCUCGCUCAGAACCUAGAAUCUUCGUUCAUCGUUUUUCUAUGUUUGUUUUUCCAUGGACACAAGAUCUUGAUCCAGAACAACCACCGAUAACCUCAGCUAUAGUUUCCGUUGAGCUUCGUAAUGUUCCAUACCUCCUUUUCAAUAAAGAAAGUCUCAGCAGAAUUUUUAAAGCAGUGGGUAAGCAUGUAUCCCUAGCCCCUGAAACAGAAAGAAAGGAGAACUUUGAAGUGGCAAAAGUUUUUGUUCGAGUAGAUCUCACAAGAAAGCUUCCUUCCACUGUGAUCUCUGGGUUCUCAAGCGGUAAAGAAGUAGAAAUCGCUGUCUCAUAUCCCUGGUUGCCGAUGAAAUGUGAAGCUUGUGGAAAAUUUGGUCAUGAAAAGAAGUCAUGUCGUCCCUUAGCAAGUGGUAGGAAAUUGUCGAAGUCUCCAGGUCCGCCAGAGCGUAUAAGACGGGUCUCAAGGCCAGGGAGAGCUAAGGAGAUGAUACACAAACCACAAUCUCGAGAGGCAACUAAAAACCCUGGUGGUGAGGGGUCUCCCUCUCAGAGCAUUGAUGAGAUUACUCAGGACAAGAGGGAUGUGGCCAGAUCAAUGGAGGCUCAAUUCAAUGGACAUGCUCGAGUGGUUCCGAAUGGAGGUACAGAGCCAGAAGGUCGUGUCGCUGGAGCAGUCCCCGUUGGAUGUUUAAAGAAGGAUGCUUUGCUUACUAGUGAGAAAGGAAUUACCUCGUGUGCUGAGUCAAAUGGUGGUGGCACCACAGAAAAUAAAGAUGCAGAGGCAACUACAUCUCUCCUGAAGGAUGGAGAUUGUACCGCUGUAGAGCAAGAACCCCCUUUCUUCUUGGUGCCUCACCGGAAGAGUGGCCGUAAGGUCACAAAAUAA